UCUUGCUGGGGCCAAUGGAAAAAACCUUUCUUCCCACAAACUGAACAAGCCUGUAACCAAUACCAUAUCAAGAUUCAAACCAAGUGAGAAACGACAUAUGAGAAACCAGACGUCGAGGGUGCAUUGCGUGUGGCUGCAGAAAGAGAAGUACAACCAGGCAAAGCUGUCAAGAAGGAAAUGGAGAACCCAUUGCUUCUAUCUCCUCAGCUAAAUGCUUCUUCAAGAGUAAAAUCGCUAUAUAAAAUCAUGAAAUCCAUGAAUAAAGAAGGGGCGAAGCCAGAGACAAAACACAGGGCUCAAGAAAAGAGGAACCGGUUGAGUCUUUUGCAGAAGUCUGAACUGCAGAGAAAUGUCGAUCUUGACAAAUUUGAAGAAUUAGCUAAGGCUUCAAGCAAGUCCCCUGAAACAGUAAAGAAAUGGGGUGAAUCUUUUGACAUGUUGAUUUCACAGAAAGCUGGAUUGGAUGCAUUCACAAGGUUCCUAAAAACUGAGUUUAGUGAAGAGAAUAUUGAGUUUUGGAUGGCAUGUGAAGAUUAUAAGAAGAGCAAAGGCCUUUCUCAACUUUCCCACAAAGCAAAGAAAAUUUAUGAGACAUUCAUUGAAAAAGAGGCUCCAAAAGAGGUCAACCUUGAUUUUACCAUCAAAGAACAGACCAAUCAGAACAUCAGUCACCCUACAAUCAACACCUUUGAUGCUGCACAGACCAAAAUCUAUACACUGAUGGAGCAAGACAGUUACCCACGCUUCCUGAAGUCCAGCCUAUACUUAGACUUGCUCCACGGCAGACCCCAAGGUUGUACUGCACUUAGAAGAAGAUCACGCUCCUUUACCUUCAAUGAGUUCAAAGAUGCUCAGCCAGAUUUUGCCAUCUGGCUGUAAAUAAACAAUCUCCUUUGGACACUAUGAUUUUGAGAACAUCUCAGCACUAGUAGAGAAUCAUUGCUUUGGGUGGCAUACAUGAAUGCAGAUUCACACAUUAAUUGUGUCCACUUUCACCAAUGGAUAAUCAUAUUCAGAAGCCUUUUGUGAUUAGUUUCACUCAUAUGGGUGGCCAACAGCUUUGGCAUCCACAGGGGCCACACUAUUCUUCAGACAGUGGUCAGUGGCCAGGAGGGAUCAGAUGCAUAAUAAAGUUGGCAACAUCGUUUGGUAAUAAUGCCUUUGUGGUUAUCAGGCACAGUGUGGAAUCUCUGUUUCUUGCAACUUGAUAACAUUUUGAUAUGGUAAUCAGGCAUCAAAAAAUUUGCCACCCUCUUUUUCUUUAGGUCAAAUUAGAUGAGACAUUACAUGGCUCAUUGUCUAGCUUAAGAUGUAUCUUAAAAUAAAAGUGGCAGUAGCAGCGGUCCUGAUUUGGAUCAAGAGUGCAGCACAGGGAUGUUUUAAUCCUUUCCCUCCCCUCUGUUGUCCUGCAUAAACUGACCCUGAUGCUGCUUUGGACUUCACAAGAGUGUCUUUCCCCCCUCCACUGGCACCUUUGGAGGCCAAUACUAACCUUGUGGAUAGGUGUUUUUUUUAGCUGGGGGUGGGGGGCAGCAUGGAAGGAAAGAGUUAACCACCCCCUAGCUCUGUGCCAUGGUUCCAGUCCAGAUCAAGCCUGGAAUGGCCACUGCCUGACAUACUGUGCAGCAAAGCAUGGGUGGUGGAGCAUCUGCCUGCACUACUGGGUGUGUGUGUAACCUCCAUCUCGUCUGCUGCGGAACAAAGUCGUUCUGCUCAAACUUAAAGUUGCACAAAUGAGGUUGUGCAACAUGACACCCACUGAGGCGCUUCACACGACCCGUGCGGAGUGCCUUACCAGACCCUGCAGGGAGAGCGGGCUUAGCAUGGAGGAGGCAUAGUGCCAGUAAGCAUGUCAGCAUGGAGUUGUGGCUAGCCAGCAAACUCAUUAACCAGAAUUAGGCUGGGACAGGGGUAACAACUGAAUAGAACUAAAAUUGUCUCCAGAUGUAGUGCUUUCUUUUCUUCCAUAGGAAUGAAUGCCAACCAUUCAUUAUAUGGCAGAUAAUCAGAAGGUCCUGUCUGUCUUUUUAAGGAAAGGGCUAAAACCUCCCCUUGGAUUUCACUAAUAUCCGGGGAAAGAAAUUUAAGCUGAACUUUCCUCAACUGCAGCCCAGACUUCAGCCUGUUCAUUUUGUCUUACAGAUUAAUGAGACCCGUUGAGAACUGACCCACUCAUUAAGGAAAUAGCUCCCUCAUAAGCAUAAAACCACACUGGGUACCAUUUCUUGGACAUGCUAACGUGUCACAGAGGUAUGAAACCCAGGAUCUGGCUUUCUUAUAUAUGAUUCAAUUCAAAAUGUUUGGGCUUCAUACACAUCUUAGUACGUUUUCUUGGAAGUAUUUUCCAUUGAGUUCAAUGGAGCUUGCUCCCAAAUAAUAGGAUUGUAGCAAAACAGAAAUUAGUUUGGUUUAUAAGGACAAAACAGAAUCAGCAGUUCUAGUCAGACAUUACAUUGAUCAUACAUACAAGUGUCUGUACACAUGUACAUGUUUUUGUGUGAAUGUGCACGUGUUCAUUUUAAAAGUGAACCUAGGUAGAGGCCCUGUCAAAUGUAGGGGACAGUUGGGAAGAAUGUGCCUUGAAUAUGAUAUGUUAAUAACUGAACAUAUGUACAGAUCUGUAUGUGUGUAUGCUGUACACAGACUGCACAGGUGCUGAACAUAACACAUUAAUGGGGCUAGUGGUAUGCUAUUAUCUCCUCAGCUAAUGAAGAAGUGAGUAAGCAGGGACCUUAGAUGACAACUAGGAAACAGGAAGAGACAGGAAAGGUUGAGACUCAGUGUUAUAAGUUGCACAAAGUUUCUUCUUUUAUGUUCUCUGAGAAUAGAUCCUUAUCUUGUUUUGGAAAUAACUUAGGACAUAAUCAGGCAAUGCCUAGCUAUGUACACAUGCUGCCUCCGUAUGUCAGAGUCUGCUGAAGUGGGAGAGAAGUUGGUGGAAGGGGAUUUCCACAUACAAAUCGGCAUGUGAGGGAGGUGGAGAGAAGGAUGUAGUGGAGAACUCAAUCAUCUCCUUGAUAAACUAUAUGUGUGUUUUUUUAAAGGAACUAUGCAGUAAUUGUAUCAAUAAUGUUGUCUAUGUUACAGUAUUGUAGUAAAUUCCUUUCCACUCAAACAAUGUAUAUGAAUCAAGAGAAUGGUCUAGUUUUUAUCAGAGACUUGAUAGAGUUAUACUGCCAUAUAUGAAAAUAAAGUAAACAUUAUUGAAAGCAGGAGAGAGAGAGAAUUACUCCGGCACUGAGACCGCAGGAAGGCUGCCAUUCUAGUUUUCAAAUUAAGCUGUUUGCUGAAUAUGCUGUCUAUAGAGAAUUGGCAGCAGGGAGGGAGAGUUCCCUCUCUUUAAAUAUUUACUAUUCAAGUCAUGCUUCCAGUCCCAGAGUCAGCAUGUGUCAAUUACUCAGCCUUUUUGCUGCCGGGAGUCUGGUAGGGAUCUCUUGUAGCACAAGGCAAUUCGUAGAUUAUUAUACAUGGGUUUCAUUCAAUAAUUCAGCAAUGACAGGAUUUAAUAAUGACUGGUAUAAUAAACUACAUGGCACAGAAA